AUUCUAUUUUCUGCAUAUAAUUUCUGCAAAACAUAAAUCACUAUUUAAUGUUUAUUUGAAAAAAAAAACGGUAUUGCAGUUUUCCAGUUUCAUAAAUAGUGAUGAUUCUCUCUUAUCAAUUCUAUACAUUUUAAUGCGGAAAUGUAAGAACUACUGUUACAGCAAGAUUAUAACAGAUCUAUCAGUUUUCUAGAAAAAAUAUGAGAAAAUGAUUAUUUUAAAAGUUAAUUAGUUUAUUUUAACUAUGGUAUUUGUGCGGAAGAAAUUGUUUCUUAUAUAAUAUAAAUAUGUCUAAGACUAAAAACAGUAUGGGCAACAACAAGGAUUAUAGUAGUGCGUCUUCUUAUACAUCUUCAUCGUUAUCAUCAGAUGAAGAAGAGAUUGAUGCAAGAGAUUUAAAACCAAUCAGAGAUUAUUUAUCUGAUCGCAAAGAAUUAGCUCGACAGCUUUUUAGAUCCGUGAAACCAGAAAAGAUUCGUCUGAUGCUGCCUCAAGUUUUAAAACACAUGGAUUUAGAUGAACUUGAAGAAUGGUGUGAGAGUGAGUUAAAUGGUAUGUCUAAAGCUCGAAUAGUAUCUAUCUUAAAUGGUAAACCUAUGUUGGAAUCCUCGGACACGAGUGAAUCUUCAGAUGAUUCAGGACCUUCUUUAGAAAUCAUUUCUGACACAGAGGAAUGGUUAACUGAUGACGAUACUCUUAAAAAAGAAAAUAGUGGAAAAGGGAAGAUAAAAAAAGACAAAACUAAAAUUAAAGGAAAAAUUAAUAAGAAAAAUAAUGUCAAUAAGUCUAAUGUUAAAGGGAAAUGUAAUAUUAAGAAUGAAAAUAAUGAUAAAACUGAAAUUAUUGAAAUUAAAAAAGAGGAUGAUAAAGGAAAAGAGGGAGACAGUCUAUUAGAUUUAUUAGAGCUAGAAAUGCGAGCUCGCGCAAUUAGAGCUUUGAUACGAAAAGAGGAAGACAUAAUUCCAUCUAUUAAUCCAUCACAAACAAAUGAUAGCCAAACAACAGAAAAUGAUGUUGGAACAUCUCACGAUUAUAAAACAAAAGAGAAUUAUCGUGAGCAAUUAGAAAGAAUUAUUAGUUCUCAACAAAAUAGUAAAGGCGAAGAUGAAGAUGUUGUUUUAGUAAUUCCUAAACCUGCUCCAGUUGUCGAGUUAUUAUCUAGCGAUAGUGAUGGAGAAGCUGUAAAUAAUUUAAAUGAAAAUGAAAGGAAUUCUACUAAAAGUUCACAAGAUGUAAAGGAAAGAAAAGAAACUCAAGAAAUAAUAGAAAUACAUGGUAAUUUAAAUAUGACAACUAAAACUCACUUAACUAACACAAGCGAAGCAAUAAUGCCUGAAAGAAAUGUGGAUAUAAAAAAUAAUACAUUAUCAAUAUCAAUUUCUGCAGAUAAUGUUGCUGAAAGGCGGAAAAAAUCGAAGAAAAAAUCACGUGGAAAAUCGCAGCUUAUUUCUACCAUUGAGAAGUCUUCUGAAUCAAAAGAAAUUAAUGUUAUUGAAACUACGGAGCAAUCACACAAUAAAGAUAUUAAGAUUACAUCAAGAACUAAUUCUUCUGAUGAGAAUAAUAUGAUUGUUGAAGAAGAAAAUAAGACAAGUCAAAAAAUAACAGAGGAAAGUAAAAUUGAAGAAGAAAGGUUAACAGAUUUAGAUGAAAUUGAUUUAGAUGAUUAUUGUGAAGUUAUGGAUAUAGAGAAUAGUGAUGAGGAUAAGAGUCAAGAUAAAGUCAUUGCUCCUUCUCAACAAGAAAAUAAACAACCUGUAUCCCAAACCGCUCUACCAAAAUUGGAUUCAGCAGAAACUUGGGCAUCACGCUAUUAUCAAACUGACGAUGUCCAAAACGUAAUAAAAGAAUCGAAGAUACAAUCUGAAAUUCGGAAACGUUUGAGAGAACGUCAAAGAUUAUCUAAGUUGAAUAAAUCACCAAACUUGAACUUAUCUGCACAACCAUCGACAACUGAUGCACCUACUACAUUAGAGAAAGCCCCAACAGGAUCAGUGGAGGAAUAUUUGGCUUUGAAACGUUCAUUGAAUACAAAUGUUAGUACUAAUAAUAAUAAUAAUAUUCCACAAGAUAACCUUACGGCUGUUAAUACUGAUAAUGAUAUUAAAGCAAAGGAUACUGUAAUACAAGAUGAAAAUAUUUCUUGUAAUCAAGAAUGUAUAGAUAAUGAUAAUACACCAAAAGUUAUUGCUUCCGAAACUGUUAUUGAUAAAUCAGCUGAUACAGUUGGUGAUAUAAAAAAUGAUACAUAAUCUAAUUGAAUUAAUUCAAGUUUUAUUUAAUAUUAAUAUAAUUGUGUAUAAUAUAUAAUAGGUGUAUUUUUCAAAAGUAACACAAUAGAGUAGACACAAUACAGGACACUAUAUAUAAGGUGUUCCAAAAUCGUUCGAUGUUCUUUUAAGAACGGAUUUUUUGGAACAUUUUUAUUUAAAAUGAGAAUCCUAAUACGAAAAUGUCAAAGCUAUGUAAGUUUUUAAAUUAGAAAUUGAAUUUCAUGAAUUUAGAACUGAUAGUUUUGAGAUAUCUUGUAUAAUAUAUUACUUGAGAAUGAAAUUUUUAGACAUAGAAAAUAUUUUGUUUCUUUUAUGUAGUUAUUUUGUAUAAUAUUAUAUAAUAAUAAAAUUUAUAUAUUUGUGAGAAAUGAUAAUGUUUUUAAAAAUUUGUGGCAUAAUAAUGAUUGUACUUUAAAAUUUAUAUACUAUGUGUAAAUCCUUUUUCAAAUACAUGCUUAACGUACUUAUCG